CAAGUAGCCAUAAGAAAUUGCUAUCCUGACUGCCUGCACCGCCGUGAUGCCAUGUGUCAUGCAAAUUUUCCUGAUUGAGUCGUUCGACGCUUGCCAUAGUUCUUCUGUGAUCGUGUGAUGAUUGUGGUGUGCGUCCACAAAGAGCUACCCCUUCAAGCCAUUCUAGUGUGGUUAAACGUGGAGCCAUGUGGAGUGGAUGUGGGUGUUUUCUGGAGGAACUUGCUCUCUCGUAGCAUCGGCCGUGUUUCAAUUCGUUCUCUUUGCAGACAAAGAUAUGUCCUUAGACUCUGACAUCUUUUCUGCAAAUGAAGUACACAAACGAAAAUAUGAUGCAGAUUGUGACUUUGUGUUGUCCUGUCUACAUAAAUAAACGAAAGCCUUGCCACAGUCGCCCAGACGUAGGAGCACAGUACUAGGUUGAUGCUGCCCUGAAGCAAGAGGAUUGUCAAAGCUCUGAAACUGUGCUGAAACAUGAUUGACAUGACUGGAGCAGAACUUGUCACGAUGCCAUUGACAUCAGGAGACUGUGGUGACAUUCACAUAUGUGGCAAAUGCCGUGCCACCUUUUCAGACAUAGAAAGUUUUUUGGCACACAGGCAACAGGAAGAAGCGUCCCAUUGCGUAGAACCUGUGCUUCAUGUGACCUCUCACCACAGCCCAUCAAGCAGUGUGACUAGAAACUUCAUACAGUUCCACUCCCAUGUGGACAUCCAGCAAGACCAACCACAUGCCUCACAGCCCCGUCAGCAUGAUAUUAGCAAAGAACCAGCUGAGGGGACAUUGGAGCUCCAUUCUGCUGGGGCUCAUGGACCCAGUAACUGGAGGUCUGCCAAGGAAACCUGCCCUGCUGCUGUUCCACAGCCUGCUACAUUGUCCACAGAUGUUCCUUGGACAGUACAGACCACAGUGGACAGUACUUGCAUUUCCAGUGCUGCUGCCUGUCAUGCUAAUGCUGCAGCAGCUGUUGUGAGCACACCUCUUACUGGCCAAACUGAAAGUGCAUCGAAAAAACAUGGACCUAAAGAGGUUUCUGCUGUGUUUAAGUGCAGCCAUCCAGGAUGCAGCUUCGCUGGCCGAUAUAAAAAGGACUUGCAAAGACACAGUCGCAUUCAUACAGGAGAAAAGCCUUACAAGUGUCCUGAGUGUUUGAAAGAAUUCAGCCGAUCAGACAAAAUGAAAAGUCAUCAGCGAAAGCACACGGGAGAAAAACCCUUCACCUGCAGCCAGUGUGAUUAUGCUGCAGCUGACAGUUGGACGUUGAAGAUGCAUCAGCGAGUACACACUGAUGACAAACCAUACAGGUGCCAGAUGUGCAACUUUGCUGGCCGCCACCAAAAUCAACUUCUUGUGCAUCUUCGAAUGCACACCGGUGAUACACCCUUUCCAUGCCCCCAGUGUAGUGCUCGAUUCCGCAUCAGCUGUGACCUGCAGCGUCAUCUUAGGACACACACUGGUGAACGGCCAUAUGCGUGCCUCCAGUGUCCAUACAAGGCCUCUGUGCUCAGCAACCUGCGGUCCCAUGAACGGGCGAUGCAUAGUGCUGACCAGCCUGCUCGUUGUAACCAGUGCUCAUUUUCCUGCUCAUCAAAGCGGGAACUACGGCUUCACAACACAACUCACCGCGAAGGCAGUCUGCGCUGCUCUGAAUGCUCAUACACCUGUGAGCGGCGUAGCUCCCUGACCAGCCACAUGCGAAGCCAUGACAAAACUCGUCCAUAUCAUUGCCAGGCCUGUAACUAUACAUCAAAGCACCCUGCCAACUUACGCAGCCAUAUGAAAAACAAGCAUUCAAAAAAGCCAUCAAAGCCAAGAAAAGGAGUUGUCAAAAGAUGUCAAGCAGUAUCAUGCCAUCGUACCUACCAGUGUAGUGAAUGCCCUGAAGCCUUUGUGCGAGAAGACUCUUUGCGCUCACAUUGUCGACUCCACCUUAAGGGCAUCUUGCCACCUGCUGCAUUGCCACAAGCAUCUGAAGAGGCAGCACAAGUCACCAGUGAAUCUCUUGACACUGUUGCUGAGGGCUCAACCAUUCUACAGCCAUCUAGAGAGAAUUGCAAUGAACAAGAAAUAGAUCCUGCUUGCCUUGUUCCUGCUUUAAGCACUGCUACAUUUACAGUAUGCACAGCGUCUGAGCAAGUGCAGCCAUUAUGUCAGCCGCAAGUGGAUUCCAUGGGAACAAGCCAAAUACUUGAGUGCCUUGUUCAGGACCCUGUGACAGUGGAGUUUCUUCCUGACAAGCAGCUGGUGUUCUUAGCUUCGGGGCAAGAUUCUACCUCCGCAUCAACCACCAACCUGCCUCUUCUAGUGUCAGCAUUGCAGCCAGCUUUUUGGGCAUCACCGCCAGUGGCCCCCCUCGAGAACUCUACUUAGUAAACACUCUUACAAUUGAAACUGUACAUACCAUCGAAGCACAAUGUGAAGUGAUAAAACUUUUUAGCUGGACAUUUUUUUAAAGUUUUGAUACUUUUAUUUGGAGGUUCCCAUGUGAUGUCACUUUGCUGGUGGUCUUUGUUUUUCAAAUGUGAGAUACGUAGCACAAAAAAAGAAGGAUAUGCAAAGAGAACAGAAAAUGAAGUGGCUCACAGACAUACUGCUGCUUUGAACGGCACUAUUUUUUACUUUCCAUGCUGGCUUAGCAACUUCUAUUGCAUUGCGCUACUAAGCAUGAAGUUACAGUAUCAAAUCUCAACCGUUGCAUCUCUACUUCAGUGGGGUUACUUGCAAGAACACCUGUUUACUGUCUAGUGGGUGCACAUUAAAAAAAUGCUGGAAUUCCAAAUUAAUUACAAGCCCCACACUAUGGUUUGCACUACAAUCAAAUCAUGGUUUUACUCAUAAAGCUUUAUAACUGAAUUUACAUAUUUUGGUUGAAUAACAACUUUCUUUGUUUUUAUUGUCACACCUAACUGUAUUAGCCAUUCUUUAAGAGACAUCCAAUACUUGAUUAAACCACAAGUUUGAAUUAUAAAACUAAAGGAGAGACCAAGGAUCUUUGCGAUUGUAAAAAAUUAUAUAUAGUUGCUGAACACUUUUGCACCCUUCAAUACUGUAGUGUAGCCAGAAUGUUUCAGGUGGAGGAGGUCAAUGUCGUUUAACGCAGGUUUGUGCGUGUAUUUUUAUAUGUGCAGAUAUAUAUUCAUAUGGAAAACUCAAAAAUUUUGAGAAAAGUUUAAAACCCCUCCUAACUCACCCCCCCCCCCCCCCACAUGCCAGUGCUACAUUGCCAGAAGCGUUUGUAUCCUGUCUUUUUGAUUACGCUGAUUUAGGGCUGGAUUAAGGGUGAGCUUUCACACAUAACUUUAUAGACUGAGCAUAUUAUAGCAUUAAGGGAGCCAUUCAUAAGCAAAUCUUUAUUAACAAUGCCCACUAAGAAACUGUAAUUUUUUUUUUUUGCACAUAUGAUGACAUUUUUGUCAUAGCAGCCAUUCCAGUUUGCUAGGCCUGUUUAGAGUUUCUCUCUUGACACCUUUUACAAGAUUGUGAUACCAGUUGAGCAUUGUGGCCAGUGUAGACAGGUAUUACAUUUAUAGAAUAGUUACUGCUGAUGAAAUCACUCCUGAAAAAGGAAAUUCGCUGUUUCUUCAUGCUAAGUUUUCUUUUUACAUUUGCAUGAGAUUAUUCAUGAAGCUUUAAUGCAUCCUCCAAUAUAUGUUUUGUUAGGGCAGAUUUUUUUCUUGUGAUUUAUUUCGCUAAGUGGAGACUAAUGAGUACCCUAGCAUUUUUGUUAUGACGAGAGACAUGCCCUGGAAGUUGUGUGUAUAUGUACAUUAUAUGUGUUCAGAUUUAUAUAGCUAAUUUGUACUACUAAAGACAAAAGUUCUGUGAGAUGCUUUGGUGAGAACUAAAGCAUUUUCUUUUUAGCUUUCUUUUGAGCCUCUGAUUUUGGGGGCGAGGGGGGAGGGAAGAUAGUUGCAGCUAUUGUGAAAAGCUGUUGCAAAGUUAUGAUUAAGGUAGUACAUAAAGGGAUGUGACUUAUUGUAUUAGCAUUAUUGGUUGUCAGCUCACAAGUUGAUGAAAGUUAAGUGGCUUAGACAAACGUAUGUUACAUGAGGAUUCUGUUACCUUGUUGUUUUAGCUACAUCUUGGAUUACCUCUUUUUUGCGUUGCAUUCAUAUAAAGGCGUGGGAAAAUCACUGCUGUGGGGAUGAAGGCUUUCCUAGUUGAAAUAGUGUCUGCCUGGAACUGCAGAAAUAAUACCUGUUCAAGUAUACUUCCUCAGUAUAUUAUUCUGCUGCAUCGCUGCUACUUUAGCAUCCUUAAGAUACUGUGCAAACAAAGCAUGAAUAGCUGCCAUCAUUUUAAAACAUUUAAAACCAUUUCAUUUCAAAUUUCUAUACAGCAGCACCUAAAUUAAAAAAUUUAUUAGAACAUUUAAAACCAUUUCAUUUCAAUUUUCUAUACAGCAGCACCUAAAUUUAAAAAUUUGUUGUGUUCAGCAUUGUGGUAUGGGUUUACUGUUACUAUAAAUUUUAAAGUUUCAUGAAGUACAUUUGCAUUUAGUAUUGUAUAAAUCUUUAUUUACAAUGUAACAAACCAAAGAUAACUGUUUUGCCUGGAACAGUUGUGGUUAUGGCUGGCUAUUAAAAAUUACUAAAUAAAGAGGUAGUUGUAGUGUAAAAGCAGCCUUUCUACUUUCACUAAUAGGAAUUUUAAGACUUGAGCCAUGUUCAGACUAUGUGCGCUAUGUGCAGAUCCUUGGUAAGGAUUGCAAGCAACUAAUAAGCUUGUUCAGAGGUCAUUGUGUUUAGCAUAAAGUACGUAACAUUAGGGAUGCAAAUGUUGGCGAACCUGCGACUUUUACGACAAAUACUGAUGUGACCAUUACGUAUAACCAAUGAGCAAAGCUGUUUCGGUUGUCACUUUCCAUUCAAGGGGCUUGCAGCCUCCCCAGGUUUGCGUCUUCAUGCGUGUCUUAAAAGUCAUGCAGUAGCGUGCGUGGGCAGUUGGUUUGCAGACUGGAAGACAGAGACAAUUUGCGUUAGUGAGAGUCCACAUUGCAUGACCUCUUUAGCCGAACCAAUCAAGCCAUGGCCAAACAUGCAAACCUUACUUGGCUGCAACAAUUGUAGUGGCGAUGCAACGCACAUUGAAAGUGGUGGUUGGUGCGUCAUAAAAAACGUAUUGAAAAUAUCAAUGUGAGCCUACGUGGUCACUAGCUCAGCAAGCGAAUGAUACAGCUGUUAUGCAAUACGACACUUAUGACAGAUGCUGCUGCAGUCUGAACGCGGCCAUUGUAAGCUUUUUUUUUAUUUUUAUUUAUAGAAAUACUUGCAGCACCACGAGGGCAUUAUUGCAGGGGGGUAACAUUAUUAAUCACGUAAAAGCACAUAUGUUUACACAAAGACCGUUUUGCGUCUUCAUGCGUGUCUUAAAAGUCAUGCAGUAGCGUGCGUGGGCAGUUGGUUUGCGGAGGUUAUACCUGUGCUGUAUGACAUGAGUACCAUGCUCGUGCUGCUUUUGUACCAUGCAAUGAUUCCACCAGGGAUAUAUUUAGGUAGCUUCCUGAAAUGGUUUACGCUGAUUUUGAACAUGCUGGUACAUAUUUUGAUUAUGCCUCAGAAGGCUAUGUUUAUGUGCAUAAUUUUAAUUUUUGUGCAUCUUUGAAAUGUCAUCCUUUUGCACAAAUGCUUCUUAAAAGGCAUGAAAGGGGGGAAAACUCAGCCAUUGUGUCAUGUUUGUCGCCCCUCACUUCUGUAUUUUAUUUGUUUGUUUGUUUCUUUCUUUUUAGUCUAGCUGUGGAAGUUGUGGCUACUGAUGUUUUGUGUAUAAAGGUGCUAAACUAGUUUUGUGUGGCAGAACUCACGUUUUGAUUCUUUUAUUUGUUGGUUUGUGAAGUCACUUGCCACGGUUGCUAGAUUGAUCUUUCAGAAAUGGUUAGAAGCAACAAAAUGAAGGUUUACCAGGAAUAUUGCUAUUUCAGUUAGGUAGUAUGCUCAAUGUUAAAAAUCCCAUGACAUACUCAUGUCAGCGAAUUUGAGAUCUUUCAUCUUUAAUUAUCUCGAAAGAGUAGUGUACUCAGAUACCCAGUUUUACUUUUUGCUGAUAUGGUAGUACUACGUCACUGUUCACUGAUGUUUUGUUUGCUCCUGCAAAGGAACAAAGGCAUUACCCGUUGCAAUAAAUGCAGUCUCACUGCUGUUUCUGUUUUCUUCACAAA